AUGGCGACGUCCACUGCCGUUGUAUUUAUGGAAUUCAUCUUUGUACGCAAUAUUUAUCGCAAUUAUAUUGAGUUUCAGUGGGAAAGUAAGCUGCAGGUAAAAAGCAUGCAGGCUGUGGGAAAGGUAAACGUCACCUGUCUGUUCAUCAGUGCAUUUGUCAAGAAGGUUUCCAGCAGGCAAGUUGACUGUGAAACGGCUCUUACGAACCUUUGGGUCGUCCUCGUCAAACACCUUUGCUUGUUCCUUGUUCUGACCGCCGCCGUCGCCGACCUGACCCAGUCUUACCAGUGCGUGGUGCGUCUACCAUGCACCUGUUCCGGGACAGCCAUCGACUGCAGCAGCAAACGCAUCACGUCCCUAUCUGUCCUGAUCGGUCACCCGAACUCGACCUACCGUAUGCGUCUGGAUGGGAAUCCAGGUCUUGUGAUCACCGAUGACACAUUCGCGAACAUCACCCUGGAGUACCUGGAUCUAAACCACAACACAGGGCUGUCAAUGAGCGACCACGCGCUGAGGAGUCAGCGAGAUUCACUGAAAGAGCUGCAUCUCUCUAACUGUCGUCUGCGGGAAGUCCCUCAGGCUCUUAGAGACCUAAACGCCCUGGAGAAGCUGUACAUGUGGUCCAACCACAUUGACAACUGGGACGAAACGCUGAUGCUGAAGCUGAGUGGAACUCUCAACGUCCUGGAUGUUUCAUACACCGGUCUGACAUCUUGGCCGAGAUGGCUGAGUCACAUGUCAAAUUUGGUUUACUUAAAUCUAUACGAGAACCAUAUUGACGUGAUCCCCCACGACGCCUUCUACAGCGCGGCAUCAGCGAUGAACUACCUGAAUAUCGAAAGCUGCGGCAUCAGCGACAUGACCACUGCCAUCCGGUCAUUGCAAAACCUCACCACGCUCGUCGUCGGUGGGAAAACACUAAGCGACUCCAGCUUCUUCUACAACUGGCUUCCCACACGUGGAUCGAAGUUGGUCACACUAUCCAUCAACAAUUCUAACAUCACUAAGAUCCCGUACGGUAUCAAUGAUUCACCUUCCCUGAAGAUCCUGACCAUCACUGGGAGCAGACUGAGACACGUUGAGGAGGAGGCCAUGCCUAAAAGUCUGAUGGCGCUGUCCAUUGUCCAGGCUUCUCUCACUCACAUCCACGGAGGAGUCUGCAAUCCCGCACUGAAAUUUCUCAGACUCGCGGCCAACAGGAUCCAAAGUAUUGAGAAACACGAUCUCCAGGACUGCCGAGCUCUGACGUAUCUCAACCUCAAUCACAACCACAUCGACUACAUAUCGCCCACCGCCUUCGAUGGGUUGAAGGAACUGAAGACUCUGCGCUUGGAGAAUAACGGGAUGAUCCACAUCCCUACAGCAAUCAAUAACAUGACCUCGCUGAGGUCGCUCUACCUUGAUGGAAAUCCCGUAGAGUGCACCUGUCAGACCCUAUGGUUCCUCAGCUGGCGGCAGAGAAAUUCCGGGGUCUUCAUCAGCGGACGGUGUACUCUGCUGGGAAUUGAUCUCGCAGACUUCCACUCACAUUGUGCUGCCAUAAUCGUCGGAUAA